GUGGGUAGGGGCUUCUGGGGACGCCUCUGCUAGACUGAGGGAUAGACAGCAGAAGGCCUGUGAGCUAAGGAGCUAGAAGUUUGUCCUGAGUGAAGACUGAUCCGGGGCCAGUGUCCCAAGCCCUACAGGCCAAGGGCAGGAGGGCCUGCUAUGGGGCUGUUUGGGGAAGAAGACUGCCCCAUCUCCUGAUUGUUUUCUUGCCUUCUGGCCCUGCCCACUUCCGCCCCAGCUCUGCCCCAGCCCCCAGCUCCCUGCCCCACCUGCUCCUGGGACAAGCACAGAGGAAGUUUGGGAAACAUCAAAGGAGUUGUGAGGGUGGUGGGUGAAGAGGGCUGAUGAGACAUCUCAGAAGCAGCUACUGUAAACACUGGGGAUCAAGAUAGGACGUCUCACCUGGAGAAGGACACUAGGGGAAUUCUCUUCCAAACAGUAGAUUCCUGAAAAAUAUCAAGACAAAUGCCUCGGAUUUCCCUCCAGACGUCACAGUUGGGAUGCUGAAAGUAUUUUUGGAUGGCAUCAGGCAGGAUGCGCUGCACCCGAAAGCUCCGGAACUGGGUGGUAGAGCAAGUGGAGAGCGGGCAAUUCCCAGGAGUGUGCUGGGAGGAUGCGGCCAAGACCAUGUUCCGGAUCCCCUGGAAGCACGCAGGCAAGCAGGACUUCCGGGAGGACCAGGAUGCCGCCUUUUUCAAGGCCUGGGCGGUAUUCAAGGGGAAGUACAAGGAGGGGAACUCGGAAGGCCCUGCCAUCUGGAAGACUCGUUUGCGCUGUGCUCUCAACAAAAGUUGUGAAUUUGAGGAGGUUCCUGAGAUCGGCCAUAGGGAUGGCGCUGAGCCCUACAAGGUGUACCGGCUGCUGCCAUCAGGAACUGUCCCCGCUCAAUCAGGGACCCAGAAAUUACCAUCAAAGCGACCCCACAGUUCUGCAUUCUCUGAGAAGAAAGAGGAAGAGGUUACCACAAAGAACUGCAUACUCAGCCCCUCCUUGCUCCAGGAGCACCCUCAGAAUGAGACAGUGGAGACCAAUGGGGGAGCUGGCCAUUUAGACUUUGGGAGCAGCGGAAGCAGCAGCAGCAGCAGCAACAGCCCUGAGCCUCAGGAAGGUGGGGACACAGCUGAGGCUCUUUUCCAGGGAGAAUUGCUGUCCCUGGAGCUUCUGCCCCCUCCAGAUUCAGACUACUCGCUGCUGCUCACCUUCAUCUACAACGGGCGUGUGGUGGGUGAGGCCCAGGUGCAGAGCCUAGACUGCCGCCUCGUGGCUGAGCCCUCAAGCUCCCAGUGCAGCAUGGAGCAGGUGAUAUUUCCCAAACCUGACCCAUGCGAGCCCGCCCAGCGCCUGCUGAGCCAGCUGCAGAGAGGGGUCCUGCUGGCCAGCAACUCCCGGGGCCUCUUUGUGCAGCGCCUCUGCCCCAUCCCUAUCUCCUGGAAUGCGCCCCAGAUGCCAUCUGGCCCGGGUCCGCACCUGCUGCCCAUCAACGAGUGCGUGGAGCUCUUCAGAACCAACUACUUCUGCAGAGACUUGGCCAGGUACUUCCAGGGCCUGGGGCCCCCACCCAAGUUUCAGGUGACACUUAAUUUCUGGGAGGAGAAACCUGACCCCAGCCACACCUCACAGAGUCUGAUUGCGGUGCAGAUGGAGCAGGCCUUUGCCCGACAUAUGCUGAAGGAGACCCCAGAGGAGCAGGCGGCCGCCCUGUCUCUGCUGCAGAGCCUGCAGGACCCCCUGCCUUCUCUCUCUAUCCCGCCGGUCUUCUUUGAGACAGCCUCAGCCUCCUUGCUGUCGACCUGCCUCCCCCAGUGAGCGUUCUCAUUGGUGGUCUGAGGUGACUUUGUCCCUCAGCUCCUCAUGGACACCGAUUGGUGGGAAACUCAAGAAUGACUUUUUUUUUUUUUUCAAUUUUGAGAUAUACCCUCUUUCAUCUCUGAGGAACUGAACAGGCAGGUCCAAAUGGUGUGAACUCAGUGGGCUCUUCCCUCCGCCCCCAACCCUAAAACCUAGCACUUUAUAUUUUUGUCUUAGAUCUUCACUAAGGAUUUAAAAUAAAAUGUUACUGAAAAAGGA